GAAAGACCAGUUGUGGGGAGCAUUCAUUCUUUAUUUGGUUGUGGAUGUGUAUCACAGAUCACUCUGUUUACCGAGGUAAGCCUUUAUCUGUGUUUGGUUUCACAUUUUCUACACAUAUGACAUGUUUCAGUGUCAUUUAAAAUACAAUCUUAGAAAAACAAAAGGUGCUAUCUAGAACCAAAAAGGGUUCUUCGGCUGUCUCCAUAGGAGAACCCUUUGAAGAACCCGUUUUGGUUUCAGGUAGAACCAUUUUGGGUUCCAUGUAGAACCCUUUCCACAGAGGUUCUCUUACGUGGACAGCCGCAGAACCCUUUUGGAACCCUUUUUUCUAAGUGUACCAUAAUACUGGGAUACUCAUGAAGGUCAAGAGGUCUAUGAGUUGAUCUAGAUUUUACCUCAGUUUUAACAUAAUCGUUUUUGCAACUUGCAUGACAAUGCUUUAGUUUAGUUUAGUAGGGCCUCCACUUGUAUUGUAGUUUGCAAUGACAGGGCACAGAUCAGUUCCCUACCAACACUGUGACUUAAAGGAUUAUAGGGUUUUGUAUGAAAAGUAGUGAUUUUGUCUGACUUAUAGAUUUAGUAUUCAGUCUUUUUGAAAGAAGGUUGUAGACUGGUAUUAAUCAUACUGGUCAUUUUAUUUUUAGUUCUAUUUUCUUUAUGAGAUUCUGCUGUCACACAGAUUCCUGUCUCCCUGACAACACCACCUCUCAAUCUGACACCAUGGAAAUUUGAUCCACACCUGUAUUUACAGUGUACUUACCGGCCACGGUGUCACCUGAAUCAUCAUAACACAUUGGGUUAUGUCCAGUCUGGUCUUGCACUUAUAGAAUUUACUUGUUGGUCAUUAAUAAAUUGAUAGAUUUAAACAUUUUUAAGGCACUACCUUGACUAUAGUGACUGGUUUAGUUUAUAACUGUGUCUACGCACAUUAUGCAUUUAUGCUUUACUUUUGAUACAGAGAAGAAACAUGACACCUGAUUUGGACACCAAGGACCGCUGCUUUAAGGCCUUGCUUAUCUGGAGCAAUUUGGUCAUUGCGGUAAGUUCGACUAAUAUGAAAUGGUGAGUGUGACUUUACCUCUGAUAUUUGUCUCAACAACUGACUAGGUAUCCCCUUUACCUCUGUUUUCAGUGCUGUGGGAUUGCCUUGAUGGCCAUGUGUAUCUUCUUCAUAUCGGAUCGAGGCGGAUUGUAUGUUUUGGUGUAUGCCACAGGAAAUGACAGCAUCUGGAGGGGAGCCUGGAUAGGCCUUUUCACUGGGUUUGCCCUUUUCUGCACGUCGAUCUUUGGAAUGCACGCCAUAGCUGUGUCCAAAAGAAAUAUCCUACUAGCUGUGAGUCGUUCUGCUGUACCCCUGUUACAUCUCCAACAAUAAUAUUUUAAAAACAUUCUAUGCAUGAAUACUUAUGUUAUUAAAGGCAUUCUAAUAUUAUCCCUUUGACUGAAAAACAUCAUUGGUUUGGCCUGCUGGAACGUUUGGCCAGAAAACUCAUGACUCAGACAUAUUUUUGUUUUAACUGUCUUACCUGUAGUACAUCCUCCUGAUGGUGAUCAUAUAUGCAUUUGAGGUGGCAUCCGCUAUUACUGCUGCAACACACAAAGACUGGGUAAAUCAUUAAGAUAAAUACAUUGUUAAAAUUGUCUUGGCAUAUUAUAUUUCAGAGUUUGCUACACUAAAUUUUAUGAUACAAAUUGGAAUUAGUGCACUGACCAGUGUUUGGCUAUCUUCUCAACAUUUUGAUGCAUCUCCUCAGUUUGUCCCCAACCUCUUCCUGAAGCAAAUGCUACAGAACUACAACAAACCACUACCAUAUAAUCUGCCCAGCACCCUGGACCAGAUCUAUGUCAUCAACGGGAUAACAGAAACAUGGAACCGGUUCAUGACUGAGGUAGCUAGGCCUACCCCACUGGUCACAGACGUCAGUUCACCGUUUAGUUUUGAUUUACAUUUGGUUGAGUUGUCAACUAACGUGAACUCAAUGUGAAAUCAACAACAAAUGUCACCAUGUCAUUGGAUUUAGGUUGAAAGAUGGGUGAGAAAAAUAUUAAAUGCCCUUACGUUUAUGACUUUUUGCAAAUCCAAUUAGUUUUCAAUGUUGAUUCAACGUCACAAUUAUGUGGAAACUACGUUGAUUCAAGCAGUUUUUGCCCAGUGGGACUGACUACUUUAUGAUGAUGAUUUAUUAUUUACUUACUGUUCUAUAGUACCACAGUUUGGUAAUGUAAAAUCAUUUAUGGUCUUAAACUCUCCCUAUUAACUGAAGCAUUUUAGUAACCAGAGUGCUCCUCUUGCAGUCUAAGUGCUGUGGAGUGUACGGGCCAAAGGACUGGGUGAAGUAUGAGUCCUACUUCAGGCAACAGAACACUGAUGCUGAUUAUCCUUGGCCCAGACAAUGCUGUCAGCAGGACGCCAUGGGAGCAAUCAGCCAUUUAGAGGCCUGCAAAAUCGGGGUCAGCCCUUUCCUGCAUGCACAGGUAAUUGUCAAAGCUGACUUUGUCAAUGACCACACUGAAAUGUUCACCAUCUCCUCAUUAUUGAGUGCACCACAAACCCCAAAAGUCUAAGGGAGUGCAGCAAAAAUGGUUUGGGGGGGGGGGGGGGGGGGGGGGGGGGGGGGGCAAAGGAGGAAUAUGUUGCGUACGAAGCGCAUCUGCUUUUCAAUAACCUUUUUGUCACUCUACUCCAAGAGAACCUUCAAAAUAAUUAUACGAUUUAUUGUGAAUAGUUCUUCCAUGAAUCCCAACAGACAAUGAAGAACCAUUUAAGAACCUUUUUUUAAAAAUAAAGUGUGGUAAAAUUAUGGAGGUGCCUAGCAGGGUUAUGCUGCAUGAAACUGUACAGUGCUCUAAUAUAAAAUCUAAUAUUUCUUUUAGGGUUGUUAUGAUUACAUUGCUGGUCCUUUAAUCAGACACUGUUUUGGAGUCUCAUGGUUUGGAUUUGCCAUAUUGUGUUGGACAGUGAGUACAGAAUGCAUAUCAUCAACUUCCAUAAGCAUGAAAUGUUUUUUUGCAUGCACUAGUAUAGUAUUCAAACAAAUUUGCACUGCAGAAACAAAUGUAGUUGCUCUAGCAUUAAGACAAUGCAUGCAUUACUCAAAAUAAGUUUGGUUUCAUCAUGUAGGCCUAAAUAUUGUAAGAUGGCAUUACUUAAAAUACCCCUUAAAGGGCCAAUCAGCAGUAGAAACAAUAACAAAGCAAACUCCCCACCACUGUUUCGAUAAAAAAGUGAAGGAUAGGGCUGGAGAAAUAUAAUCACUCUCAAAUUCAGAAACAGAGCUAUGGAUGCAAGACCUGACCAUCCAUGACAUAAAAAUGAUAGUUUUAACCAUGUUUCGAGGCUAUACAGUGUUUGUUUACAUUUACUUGGUUUACAAACACUGGAGUUAAACAAGCUUCUAUUUUGGGUUCUGAUAGAGUACAACAGUUAGACUAAGUUCAUGAGGCACUUAUAAGUUCAAUUCUUCAAGAACAAAUGGGUACAUAUAGUGAAUUUAUAAUCUUUAAAAAAUCAAUGUAGCAACUGCUGAUUGUCCCUUUAAAUGUGGUGGGAAAAAAAUGAAAAUAGCAUAAUGGAGAAUUGGAUCAACGGUUUUCUUUGUUUUUCCCUGCAGUUCUUUGUGAUGGUGGGAGUAAUUUUCCACUACACUCAGUUGGAUUUCUGAGGAUGACCAACAAAGAAAUCUUCAAAUAAACUUCAGGACAGAACUACCAGUAAAGAAGUAAUACAAAUAUUACACUUUUUUGUUAUGAUCAACAAAAAACAUUUUAAUGUCUCUUAUCAAAAUUGAGAAGCAAUAAAUGUACUAAAUAUUAUUGUUUUCAAAUGAGCUUUCUCAAAAAAGGGUGUAUAUUGUACCAUAUAAUACGCUGUACUCUUAAUUUUCUGUUCCCCCCCCCAAAAAAGAGGUUGCGACCCCGACUUGAAUACCAUCGGUGUUAGUAUGUUUCACACCAAUUAUGCAAUCAGUGGAUGGUUGCUUUGUGAAUUACAAGCAUCCCUCAUUAUGUUAUGUAAUUAUUAUACAACUAUGAAUAACAGUUAUGCAAUUAUACUGACAUGUAUGGACCCCUGCACAAGAUGAGGGAAACGUACAGUAAAUCAGAGAUUUAGCCUGGUCCUGAACAUCUGUAACCGACUCUCAGAGGAGACAGUGACUGAUUUGAAGUAUCUGUGAUUUUUCAUUCAAGCCCAAACACUGCAUGAUUCUCCUUGUUUCACCUUCUGUUGAUGUUUUUCAAAUAUAUUGCCAAAAUAAAUCAUUAUGACAAAUCAUUCUAUGAACAAAUUCUCAGAGAAUCCGUUAUAUGUGUAUUUAUAAUUUGCAUAACUUGCCGUGGCUAUACAUAAUACAUCCAAUUUUGGUCAAUACAAAAUUGUACAGGUUACAAGCGUAGUAUUAUGUCAACACAGCUGCAAACAACCAGAAUCCCUGUUCUGAUAUCUUUUAAAAUCUUCACAACAUUUAAAGCAUAGUGUUUGAGUCCUCUUUUUUUACAAUCUACACCAUUAUAAGUGCCAUUUCCCUCACUUCCUUUUGAUUUUAACUCAAACAUUUCUCAGCAAAGCCUAGUUUUUAAGAUAAAGUAAUCACAUCAGACACUUUACUUGAGGUAUUUCUGUCAUCUGUCCUCCUCAUUCUAAAAGCAUAUCGGACUUUACAGACCAAUA